ACUUACCAGCCAAUUUCAAUUGCAAAACAUGAAAGUCUAACCUAUGGAAUUGAAAUACCAGACUGGAUGCCUAUAUCUUUUAGACCUACAAAAAGCAUGAAUCUUAACCAGAUUGAGGCUGCUAUCAUUAUCUACACUUUUCAAACAACCAAUGUACAACCAUCAUUUAGUGAAGAGAAGUUGAUUAGCACAUUCUUGGAUGUUGGAGUGAGGAAGACACUUUUAAGUCUCCAUAAUCAAAGAUUUGUUGAUCAAGAGGUGCUUAACCUACUUGUUUGCAAACUGACCUUCAAUCAAAAAAAGUUUUCAGCAAUUGUGUCAGCUUGGUUCUUACCUACCUAUUUUUCACAAUAUGUGUUGAAAAGGGGAGAACGGCCAGAACUAGUUCAAAAAAUACGUCGAAUCUAUCAAGAGAGAUUCAUGGGGAAAGCAUGUGAUUUGCGAAAGAUAUUUAUUCCUAUUAAUGAUGACAAUAUUCAUUGGUACCUCCUUGUGGUUGACAUAAAUUCUAAAACACUUAAUGUGUUGGACUCGCUGCCAUCUCCUUCUAGAAGGCUCAGUACAAGGCUGGAUGUUAAAAAACUGGCAGUAUAUCUAGAAGAAAUUUUGACAGACUCUUCAUUUUAUGACUCCUCCGACGAUGAAAGGCUAUUAAUAUCAGAUUAUGCCUUGACUGUACCAGAAGGAAUUGGUCGGCAAUUGAAUGGAUCGAACGAUUGUGGUGUUUGGGUAGCUCAAUGGAUGUCGGAAUGCAUUUGGACCAACAAUUAUAGCAAUGUUUCUGUCACACCUGAAACGAGAAUGCGUUUGGCCCUUGAUCUAGUUUUGGGUUCCUAUAAUGAAUUGAGGGAUGAAGUUGUUCAAAAAGCUUCCAAGAAUUGGAUGGAACUUGUGUCAAACAGGAAGAAGCUUGUUCAAGUUUAGCCUAGG